GACUUCACUCAAAGUUUAUACUUUCGAUAGCCGGACUUUUCGAAACUAUCAACAUCUAUUCAGUUCAUUCUAGGCUUAGAGUUACAAUUUGACUUGGACUAUCUCUUCAAUCAUGCCGUCGCUCUCUGCACUAGCUCCUCUCGCGGGCAUUAUUGCCAGUAUUCCUUCUGUGAUGGCGGGCUUUGAUCCGACCUCCCAGAGUAAUGUUGCGGUCUAUUGGGGACAAAACUCAUACGGACAGGGCUCUGGAGCUUACGUUCAGCAACGGCUUUCAUAUUAUUGCCAAAAUACGGAAAUCAACAUCAUUCCACUCGCUUUCUUAAGUUCUAUCAAUACCCCAGUACUCAACUUUGCCAAUCAGGGAGACCCAUGCACGGUAAUCUCAGGAUCUACAUUAUUUUACUGCUCAGAGCUUGAAGCCGAUAUUACUACAUGUCAGAAAACAUAUGGCAAGACAAUUAUGCUAUCAGUUGGCGGGGCCACAUAUACCGAGGGCGGCUUUACAUCAACACAAGCUGCCACAACUGCAGCAAAUAACCUUUGGUCAUGGUUCGGACCUGAUACUUCAGGCGAUAUCCGACCUUUCGGAUCCGCUGUGAUAGAUGGUUUUGAUUUUGACUUCGAAAGCACGGUAUCCAACAUGCCUACAUUUGCAAAUCAGCUCCGCUCGUUAAUGGAUACAGAUACAACCAAAACAUGGCUUCUAUCCGCUGCUCCACAGUGCCCUUACCCUGAUGCCGCAGAUGGGCCCAUGCUUGAUGGAACAGUAGCGUUCGAUAUCGUCUGGGUGCAAUUCUACAACAAUUACUGUGGCGUGCAAUCAUUCGUCUCCAGUGCAUCAAUACAAAACAACUUCAAUUUUGACACUUGGGACAACUGGGCCAAGACAGUAUCCCUGAACCCUAAUGUCAAGGUUAUGCUGGGCAUACCAUCCAACACUGGAGCUGGAGCCGGGUACACUUCUGGGGCUGCCCUUGCAAGCGUCAUCGCAUACUCAAAGAGUUUCUCCAGUUUCGGAGGCAUAAUGAUGUGGGAUAUGAGUCAACUUUACGCAAAUCCCGGAUUUCUCGAUGCAGUCAAUGCGGAUCUUGGAAAGCCAGCGGUAACGGUACCAGUCACAACAACCACCAUUACUAGCACUGUUACUAGCACCACUACUACCACCACUACUUCAACUACCACUUCCGCUACUACAACGUCUCCAGGCUCUACCCUCACGACUAUAACAACGACUAGCGCCAGCCCUACUUCGACUGGCGGUUCACUUGUUAAUGAGUGGAACCAAUGUGGUGGACAGGGCUGGAAUGGAGGUACUGUUUGCGUUGCUGGCACAAGUUGUGUCGCAUAUAGCAUCUGGUAUUCACAGUGUAAUCCCAAUUAAAAUCCAGUCUAGUCAUGAGAAGAGCAAUGGUCGAGCUUCAGCAUUUCAUGACGAUGCAGCAAGAAUGUUAUUCAACCCUUUAUAUCUAUAUAUCUCCAGAUUAUUUCACAUAUUUUCAAUCUAUUCAAUUCUUUUGUAUAUACUUGGAGCCGCACACUUAUUCAACGGCUUUUUGGCUCCCUAGCUCGAUCAUUCGCAUAUAUUCCAUAGAUGGGGAGAGUGGAUGACGUAUCUUUUUCCUUUUUUCAAAUAGAACUUUUAUUAGCAGCUUAUUAUAUACCAAUUUAUCAAUACUUCUUA